AUGAUGCGAGUUGAAGGCAUUGUCCCUCUGAGCAAGCCGAGAUGCGACCCACUGGUGCUGCCUGCGCGACAUGUCGGCAAAAGUCACGACGAUGUGAUCGUGCACGCCCCUCGCGGCAAAUGGAAGAAUCGGGAGGCUCCAACUACAGACCAGGAGCCUUCGUCUACAAGGCCACCACUGUCUUCACAGGAGCAGCCAGCAGACCAGGCAACAUCGACAUCAAAGCAGCUAGUGCAGCAUGGCGGGCAGAUCCCUCCAACGGGACGUGAUGGCCCUCGAAGCCGAUCGACUGACAGCAGACCAAACAAUGUCCUUAGUUCACUGCAUGAUACUCGUGGAUCCAGAAUCCAUCAAGCGGCAUUGUCGACCCGGAGUCCAGUGUCAGAUGAGAAGGCGAAGAUAGACAAAUUACUCGUGUCAAAAGAGGCCGAAACACUACUGGCCCAUUACGACCAAAUCAUAUGUCCACAUCAGAUAGCCCAGCGUGCUGACAGCGCCGAAAAUCCUUACCGACUAUACGUGCUUCCGUUAGCAUACGAGCAGAUUGGCCUGCUAUAUGCCGUUCUCGCAUUAUCAGCAUGCCAUCUUGGGCACCUCAACUCUGAUAGACAUCUUUAUGAGGCGGUUGCUGUCAACUAUCGUGUCAAUGCUAUCACUGCGCUGGGAGCUGCCAUUCGUAAAGGAUGCUCGGGGAAUUUUGAUAAAAGUGAGCGGGAUGGCGUCUUUGCCACUAUCCAAAUCCUGCUCCUUCAUGAUAUCUGUGAGACGGGCAUCUCGGCGCAUGGGGCUCAUAUUUCGGGGGCAAUGUCCAUCUGCUCCCAGUUGAUGCUGGAUCAGCGUUUAACUAUGGACCAAGAGCGCACAGUGUUUUUCCUUGGCAAUCUUGCAUGGCUGGACAUUAUUCGUGCAUUUUCGGGGCCAGAAAAGUUGUGCUUCACAGGGGAGCUUCGCGAACGACUGCUAUCGUUGGGCAACUUAAGAUUCGAAGCAGUCAAUGGUUGCCCAAGAGAGCUAGUCCUCAUUAUUGGAAAGUUGUUGGAGCAGGCAAAAGCGCAUGCUAGUGGCAAACUCGGCGUAAGACAAUAUGUGGACAUGCUCCAACAUUCGAUACACAGGCUCUACCUCUGGGAUAGCUCUCGGUGCAUUUACCCCGAUGAUAACCCUCUUUGGAUUUCAGUUGCUGAGGCAUUCCGUCAUGCCUGUAUCCUCCGCGCUCUGCGUCUCCUCGAUGUCACGGAGCCUGCCCACGAACCGCGGAUUCAGGAGUCUGUGACUGCAAUCUUGGAUUCCGUGGCCAACGUCCCUGGAGAGAGCCCUCUGAUAGAGCUCAUGAUCCUUCCGCUUUUCAUGGCAGGCGCUGACUGCCUCUCGCCACACUCCCGUCAUUAUAUCCUGCUCAGGUUUUCAGAGAUUAAGGCCAGAUCGGAGAUGAGUAACACAGCACCAAGGACGCUGCUCGAGAAGGUAUGGCAAGAACGAGAGAAACGACCCAAGCGUGAUCAAAGCAACGUUCCUUGGAUGUUUUUCACAUAUGACUCCGAGUCUACCCAUCAAGAUGAUUACUUGAUCAUUUAA